AUGGACUGUGAAGGCCUCUACGUAAAUUUCGGUAUCAAUCGAGAGUAUUUCAUCACGGCCUUCGUUGACUGUGGUUGCCUGUGUUAUGGGACCAUCAGUGAGCGCCUUGCCCGCAAGCUUCACCUGCCGCGUAUUCCGAUUAAACCUCGAACGUUGGAGCAGGUCAACACAUUCUCACCCGAGGCCAUCUGUGCCGUGACCUACUUCGACUUCGAUAUCGACGGGUACCAGAAGAAAAGAGCUUUUUUCUACGUUGUGCGAGACCAGACCGACCCUGUGAUUCUGGGCAAGAAGUGGUUGAACCAGGAGGAUGUCACCUUGCGAUUAUCGCAGAACCUCUUGCAUAUCGGGACGCACGACCAUUGGGUGAAAGGCCGAGACCCGAAGGAGGAGGAACGGUGCAACAUACGAGGACAGGCGGCGUUCGUGUUCGCCGGAAUGGUUCGCCGAGCAAGAAAGUUCAAGCAUCGAGACGAUGGAGUGCGGAUCUUCGCCGCAAGCCUGAAAGACAUUGAGAAGGCAUUGACUCCGAGGAAGAAGUCAGACCCGAGAGAGAAGCUGCCCCGUCACUACCACGAGUACCUAUCCGUCUUCGACCGCGACCAAGCGGACCAACUCCCACCGCGUCGUCCGGGUUCUCCAGCGUCAGCACCAGUUUUGUUCAAAGACCGAUAUCCCUUGCCGUUGAUCGAGGAAACUUUGCGGUCGCUGUCCAAGCCCAAGUGGCUCACCAAACUUGACGUUAUCGCAGCAUUUCACAAGAUUCGCGUCGAGGAGGGAGACGAGUGGAAGACAGCAUUCAGAACACGUUACGGACUCUACGAAUGGCUUGUCACGCCGUUCGGGUUGACGGGUGCUCCCGCAACGUUUCAGCGUUACAUAAACCACACGUUGCGAGAUUUCCUCGACGAGUUCUGUUCCGCUUACAUUGACGACAUCUUGAUCUACUCGAGCGGUUCGCUCGCAGAUCAUCGCAACAAAGUCAGGCAGGUCCUUGCUCGACUGCGAGAUGCAGGCCUGCAGAUUGAUAUCGACAAGUCCGGGAAAGGUAUCCGCGUGGACCCGGAGAAGGUGCAGGCAAUUCAGCAGUGGCAGCGACCCCGUUCUGUCAAAGGCGUCAGAAGUUUUCUGGGGUUUGCCAACUAUUACCGGCAAUUCAUUCCCAGAUUCUCCAACAUCGCCGCGCCUCUAACGGCGUUAACAAAGAAGGAUGCGGUGUUUGCGUGGUCGAAGGAGUGCGACAAGGCCUUCGAGGAGUUGAAGGCUCUUCUGACCAGAGGGGCGCUCUCGCAAAAGGGCGAUGACGGCAUCAUGCGGCCUGUGGCCUUCUUCUCAAAGAAAAACGCACCGGCGGAGUGCAACUACCCAAUCCACGAUAAAGAGCUGCUGGCGAUCAUUCGCUGCCUUGAGCAUUGGGACGCCGAAUUGAGGAGUGUGAAGUCCUUUACCGUUUUGACGGAUCAUCUCAACCUCCGUUACUUCACCAAGAAGCACUUCACCAUCAAGCAUCGACCGGGCAAAGAAGCCGUCGUACCGGACACGCUGUCGCGACGAGAACAGGACAUGCCGCACAGCGCCGAAGAUGAUCGGUUGCAAGGACGACGUGUUCAGCUGCUGCAACGUAACAAGGGUGGCCUGGUGACAAAAGUCAAGAGCGGUUAUGUCACCAAGGGCGACACGGAUCAACCCGAUGACGCAACAACUGACCAAGACGACUCAAUCGAAAACCCUUUCUCGGACCCGGAACUGCAGAAGUUAUGGGACGAAGGUGUCAAGAAGCACAAUCGUUAUUGGCUCAUCCGAAAGGCCGUACAGCAAGGCGAGAGGCGUCUGCCGUCGCAUUGGGGACUGCCCGUGAUGCUCUCGGAAUGCUCGAUUGACGAUGGACAGCGGCUCUGCUGGCGAGAGCGAAUUUGGGUGCCGAACCACGAACCCCUGCGACACCCCGGACGGGACAUGCUGAAGUCCUUGUUGAGCCGCAAGUUUUAUUGGCCAGGCCUCGAUUCAGACCCGCUACCUAUUCCAGACAGGAUCUGGUCGGAGCUGUCAAUUGACUUUGUGACAGACCUGCCACCAACCAAGUCGAACGGUUCGACCAACCUUAUGGUCGUGACGGACAGACUGUCCAAAAGUGUCGUUCUUGAGUCAUUGAAGGACAUCACGGCCGAGACGACGGCCAGAGCAUUGCUACGGAACGUGGUGCAACACCAUGGCGUGCCGCGCGCGAUCGAUAACUGGGAAGAGCUGUUGCCAGCGGCCAUGAUGGCCAUCAACAAUCACAACUCGACGUCGACAGGCCUGAGCCCGUUCUUUAUCACGCAUGGGUAUCAUGUUGACCCGAUACAAGUCAAGGAGAAGUUACGGACGGACGGAAGGUCCCCAGUGGCCAGGGCUGAAAGCAUUGUGCAACGAUUUCGAGAGGCAACGGAAUGGGCCCAGGCGGCAAUUGCGUCAGCGCAAGAGCAGCAAGAGAAGAACGCCAAUUCGCGAAGACAGCCGUCAGACCAGUUCAAGCCUGGAGACAAGGUAUGGCUGCGACUUCGCAACAUCCGAUCCAAUCGGCCAUCCAAGAAGCUCGAUUGGCUGUCGGCCAAGUACACCGUCCUGGAGACCAUUGGGUCACACGCGUGCAGGCUGGACACGCCUCCGGGAAUACACAACGUGUUCCACACGUCGGAUGACUACCGCCCACCGGCCAUUUUGACGGACGAUGGCGAGCUGUGGGAAGUGGAAGAGAUUCUGGACAGGAAGAAAGUCGGGAGAGAGUGGAAAGUGUUGGUGAAAUGGCACUGGCUAGGUAUGAAGAAGUUCAUGGGAAAGUUGGAUCGAAACCACCCCAAUCGAAACGAUCGAAACGGGGAGGAAGGAGGGGUUAUUGUAACGGGCUGA